AACAAGCUGGAACUGGCCUCAGCCGGACUGUCCGGUAGUUGUGGCGCAUCAAUGUUCGUUGGCUCCGGCCGCAGGGCUCGAAGUUCUUUGUUUGUCUAGCUUAGAAAACCUUUUCUAUUUGGGUGUGAAACCCAAGGACGUACGAUUUCGAAGACCGGUGAGGAAAGCUGCGAGAUCUGCAAUGAUCAGCCAACGCCCGAUCGAAGCGUAGUGCAAAACACUUGAUGUUUGACAGUGUCGUGCAGUGAUCUCUAGAGACGUUAUGGAAUAGUCCACGUGACUGUGUGAUGGUGCCGCUGGUUAAGCGCUUGAUUGUGCACGUUCUGUCCUGAUAUAUUGGUUCUGCUGAUCACUUCAUUACUUCAUACAAUGUCCGGAGCUACAUGUAGGAUCAAUGACAACGACUGUAGACGUUUCUGCACGCAAACCGUUCGGGGAAGCAGUGGGAAUUAGCUUGAUCAGGCAAGGCAAAAUAAUAUUAUGUUGAAAGAUGUAUGACAAACAGUGGGCAACUGUUCUCUACCAGUCAGUCUUGUUGCAACCUCUGGGCUAUGCAGGGGAUGCGUUCCACUAGGCACUUUGGUCCUGGUUGGGAGAAAUUUGCUGUUAUGCUAGAUGAGUUGCUCAAAGGAAGGUCUGAGGGAAGGGAAACGCGACUGUUAGACCAGAAAGACUGUGCAGAUUGAAUGCAGAGUGCAUGCUCAGAGCUAGUAAACUGCUGCUUUUGUUCACAACGGUAAUGAAUUAGGCUGCAGUCUGCUGCCCAAGCUGUGGGUUUCUCAGGCCUAAAUGUUACGAGAGCAGCUAUCAGAAUACUCGCACGUUUAAUUAAUUUAUUUGCAGCAUGAAGAUUAUUGAUAGAAUUUUUAUGACGUUUUAGGUUGGUUUAAGAGUUCUGGAAGAGAAAUGUAAUAAGGCUAUGAGUAUUUUAUUAUUGUCAUUAUUAUGAGAGUGUGCAUGCUGUAGGGGUAACGUACAGUAGUUGUGAUCAGUGGCGAGUGACCAGCGAUUCAUUCAUUUCACUCGUUGAACAGGUGGCCAAAUGGAGUGCAGUGCACCAGCUCAUAGUUAUCCUUGGUGUUAGUUGGCAUGCCAGUAGAUGUGAUGAUGUCUUCCCCAUGCUUUCAAAGAGGUAUUGAAUGUACAAUCCCAGGUGGUAGUGAAUGUGUUCAGCCUCCUCUCCUACUCUUCAUGUUAAUUAGUAUAGGUGUGCAGAAGCUAGUUUAGUGUCUAGACAUUUAAUUAAAUUUUCUGCAGCUUCGUGUGCAGUUUAUCUGUAGUUAGUGUUAUGCUAUUGCCUAUCUAUGCCAGUUUGCUGUUGGUACAGUAGUGAAAUGUGAUUUUGCAAGUUUGGGGUUUUAUGACAAAUUACGUAUAUAUUAUAAUUUAUAGACUUUAGUUUAAAGGAUAUCCGUAGUACGUAAGACUUUCAUACUUUAAUCAGCUGAUGGAGGGUAGCGAAAACUAAUUGAGGCUAUGAUUCUACUCUAAUAUAUCGUACACAGCUGUAAGACUCAUAUAUCCGGGUAGUAAGUUGUAACCAAGUAAACCAGUCGAACAAGAUUGUCUAGUAUACCUCAUUGCGUAGUCAGAAGUGGUCAUGGAAAGCCGCCUCAAUCUCUUCUCUCCCAUAGAUGCAGUUGACGGUGGGUGGGCAUGGAUAGUUAGCGGUGCAAGCUUUCUGCUGAUGUUCUGUGUGGACGGGACGAUUUCUUCGUUCGCUGUUGUAUACAUUGGAUUCAUCGAGCAUUACUCAACCAGCUCUUGUAGUUCUUUUAGUGACAACAAUAUGACGACGUCCAAUCUCACUUCCUCUGCGUGUGACGGCCCGAGAGGUUUGCUAGCCUGGGUUGGAUCUUUGUCGGUGUUUCUGAUGUGUGCGGGAGGUCCCGUUUUGACCGGUCUGGUAGACAAGGUUGGUCCACAGCGCGCUCUGCUUGCUGGCACGAUGUUCCUGGUUUCUGGUCUUCUUCUGACCUCCUUAACAGACACCGUUUGGCAACUUUUUCUGACAUACAGCGUACCGAUCGGAGUCGGUAGCGCACUUGUUCGGACGACGUCACUUUCGUUAUUACCUUAUUAUUUUCAAACAAAAUUGGUCGUUGCAACAUCUGUCGCCGUGACCGGCCGUUUUGUUGGUGUGGCCAGCUUGACUCCGAUAUGUAGUAUUUUGAUGAAAAGCUAUGGGUGGCGUCGCAUGUUGCAGAUGUCUGCUCUAGUGGGAAUUCCCAUGCUCGCUUGUACUGCUCUGUUUCGUCCUUCUGUUAGUUUGCGAGCUGCCAAGGCAAAUACGAUUCGACACGUUGUCAACUGCUGUAAGCUACAGAAAAAUGUUAGACUAAUGGUCUACGUGUGGGCAACAGCAGUUCACGUGACUGCUAUUACUAUUCCCGCCACUUACAUCGUCGAAUAUGCCGAACAAACGUUGGGUGUUGACAAAAGUGUAUCGGGACUGUUGCUUACAGCCAUGGCUCUAGCUGCUGCUCUCUCCAACAUUCUUACGGGUUUGAUUGGACGGCGAGUAGCGCGUAAAAUGAUUCUGCUUCAAUUUCUUAUUGCAGUCGGUGGUUUUUCUUCCUUAUUCUUUCCAUUUUAUCGUUCGUAUUUGCAUCUCGUCGUGUAUAUGAUCGUACAAGGAGUGGCCUCUGGUUCUUUGUCGUUGGUCUUCGUCAUUCCACAGACGUCACGGAUGGUGUGCGUGCACGAUGCCAAAGACGUAUUCGCACUGCAGUCGCUUACGAUAGCUAUCGGGAUCUUGGGAACGCCCGUGGGAGGGUGGAUGUAUGAUAGAAUGGGCAGCUACACUCCAGGCUUUCUUCUCUCUGGGUUUAUUGCGAUCUUUGCAUCCAUUUUUCUCUUUCUUGACGUAUGCUUGCAAAAAGAAAGUGUCAAAAACAACUGCUCGCCCUUGGAAAAGGACCAUCACUCUUGCAUGCAAACUGACUGUGUAGCGGGCGAUCACAUUCGGACCGUGUAUUAUUACGAAACGUAUGUGUAGCUCUGUCAAAGAUGUUGCGUUAGGCAGUUGCUGUCUCGUGACAUAAAUUAUGUAGUAGGUGUAGUUGACAUGUUGGUAGCGCAUGCGCAAUGUGUGGGAUGACAAUUUGGGUAAUUUGGCACUGAAACGUUUGAAUAGAUCUAGUUGACAUAAUAUAAUUUCUCAGCUGUAUACGUUUGUCUGUUGUAUUACAUAUAUGAGGGACUAAAACUAGAAUAAUGC